AUGAAAGAUUCCAAGGUCUUUGUCUUGGUUUUCUGCGUGUUGGGUCUAUAUGCUCUGUUCUUAUCAUGGUCCUUAUUACAAGAGCGGAUUAAUACGAAACCUUAUGGCAUGGAGGGCUCUAAAGCAGUUUACUUCAAGGCUCCGCUUGUCGUGAAUGCAAUUCAAGCUAUGUUUGCAUUCAUCGUUGGUUUCGCCUACUCACUUAUCUUCCACAAACAGAAUCCUUUUGCUAUAUUCAGCAGCCCCAAGGAAAAAGGCAGUGUCGGUGGUAAAACUUUUUUGGUUUAUUUUAUUGUCAUUGCAAUUACAUCGAGCCUUUCGUCGCCGUUGGGGUAUCAAUCUCUCAAACAUGUGGAUUACUUGGCAUAUCUUUUGGCCAAGUCAUGCAAGUUGCUUCCUGUCAUGCUUGUACAUUUCAUUCUCUACCGGACAAAGUUCCCACCAUACAAGUAUUUGGUCGCGGGAUUAGUAACCGGCGGGGUGAUUAUGUUCACUGUGACACAUACCCUGAAGAGCCUGCGCGAGUCUAUCAAUGAUGGUAACACAAUUUUAGGGAUGACGCAAUUACUAGGAUCUAUGUUAUUAGACGGAUUUACGAACUCCACCCAAGACCAGUUGUUCAAACUUCGAAGCCACAAACAAAAAGUUACUGGAGCGUCGUUGAUGUGCAUCUUAAAUAUCUUCGUCUUUGCCUUGACCUCCUCGUAUAUUUUCUUCUUCAAGUAUAACGAGGAACUUCUUUACACUUUGAAGUUUGUUGAAAAAUAUCCACAUGCAUUAGGCGAUAUCGUGGCUUUCGCUGGGUUUGGCGCCAUGGGCCAAAUUUUUGUUUUCAUCAUUUUGGAGAAGUUUGACUCUUUGAUUUUGGUUACUGCAACCGUCACGAGAAAAAUGAUCUCUAUGAUUCUCAGUGUGGUUUUGUUUGGGCACCAUCUAGCGCCCUUACAAUGGGUGGGUGUAUUAAUGGUGUUUGGGGGCAUUGGGUUCGAGUCUUAUAUGAAGUUGCCCUCGCUGAAGAAAAAAAAGAGUGAUUAA